AGUCGGUGGUGACAAUAUUGUGCGGCCAACAGCUGCGAGUGUGUGUGUUUCAGUCCGUUAUAAAUGUUUGGCCCUCCAACGUCACCGGCACACUUUCGAUUUAACGUCCAAACACGUCGCUAUAUAGAUACGACCACAUAUAUAUAAUUCGGUACAUAUCUACGUACAUAUUAUACCGAACACGACGUCUCGUUUGGGCGACUUCAUAUUAUUAUUGUUGUUGUUAUAGUAUAGAUUAUACUAUUAUUAUAUAGUACUAUUUACGCUGUGAAACAGUUGCGAUACAACCGUUGUUGUGUUAUAUCAUUUAGACGGAAUAAUAUUAUCCGCAAGUACGCGUCCGCGUGAACCAAUCGUAUUGAAUUCCGGACGUCGGUUAUUAUACCUAUAACAGUAUGGAUUCGACCAAGUUGAACAUUGCUUUGGUUUUGUUGCAGUUGACUGGAAUGUGCAUGUGCCAAAAGUUAGGCGCGGUUUACCGGAGACCAGUGAUCCCGGACAGGCAGAUCGCUCUCGCCCAACAACAGUUCGCUAACGAAGCGGCGCAACAGUCGGUCACCGCCGGCGACGUUUACCAACAGUAUCCGGAACAACAGUACAACUAUCCGACGCAGCCGUACUACUAUCCACCGCAGCAGAAACUAACGUUGGAGAAGCAGCAACAGGCUAGGCUGGAGCAACAACAGCUUCAGCUCCAGCAGUUGCAACAGCUCCAGUCGCCGUACAAGCAACAUCAACAGCAACAACAGCCACUGCAGUCGGUCUGGGAUUACUAUCAGCCGGCCGCCGCGGCGGCAUCGCCACAGCAAUACAGCAGCGAAUACCAACAGCAAUUAUUGCAACAGCUUCAGCAGCAACAGCAAUCGCAGCAGCCACAGCAGCAACAGUACUAUCAAACCAUGGAGAAACCACUGUUCAGGCCUGCGACCAUACCGGUGAACGAGGCGCCCGCCGAAGGUCCGCAGCAACAGAAACCGAAUUUGAGCUUGUACCAACAACAGAACGGAGCGUCGGCCAGUCAGCAAUUGCCGCAAAACCCGUUGGGAGUAUAUUACUCAUCGGCCGCCGACGUGUCGAAAUUUCAAUUUUCAGGCAACGGUGUUAGCUAUUCGUAUUGAAUACGAUAAUGUGUGAAUUUUGUUAUGCUUUUUUUUUUGUUUUGUUUUGUUUUGUUUUUUUUUUUUUCAUUAACGCUAAUAUUAUUAUUGUUUGUUCUGUUAUAUUUCCAUAAUAAAUCAAUGUAAACCAA